CACCCGGUGCUGCAGCCUGAACGGACGAGACAAGAAGGAGGCGUGUGUAGUGGCAGUCUGGUGCUUUAGCAUCUGGCUUUCUGAAAUUAACCCGUUUAUAUUUGUGGACAUUGAAAACAGCAGCCGUGCCCCGACGCGCUCCAACCCCCAGCGGUGCCGUCAUGUGGCAGGAGGCCCGCAAACACGAGCGCAAGCUCCGUGGCAUGAUGGUGGACUACAAACGCCGUGGUGAGAGGCGGCGGGAGUACUAUGAGAAGAUAAAAAAAGAUCCGGCCCAGUUCCUCCAGGUUCACGGCCGAGCCUACAAGAUCCAUCUGGAUCCUGCUGUGGCUAUGGCUGCAGAAAGUCCAGCUAACAUGAUGCCCUGGCAAGGAGACGCUAACAACAUGAUUGACAGAUUUGAUGUAAGGGCACACCUGGACUAUAUCCCAACCUACACCCCACUUCUGCAGCUCAGCACAUCUACCCCGGAGCAGGAGCUGGAAGAGAGGAAGUGCAAUUAUGAACGCUACAGAGGCUUGGUACAAAAUGACUUUGCCAACAUCUCAGAGGAGCAGUGUUURUACCAGAUCUACCUGGACGAGCUCUACGGUGGCCUUUCAAAACCUAAUGAGGAGGAGAAGAAGAAACUGGCAGAGAAAAAAGUUGCCAUCGGUUACACGUAUGAAGACAGCGUGGUGACGGAGCCUCAUUCUCAGUCAGACAAAGAUGAAGACAAUUCAGAGAACAGUGAAUCUGAAGAAGAUGAAGGCAUUCCUGAUAUAGAUGUGGAGGUUGAUGUUGAUGAGCUGAACCAAGAACAGCUGGUGGAUCUAAACAAAAUGGCCACUCCUUAUGGGAUGUCUGAGGGUGAUUUUGUCAGGAUGUUGAAGAAAGACAAGGAGGAAGUGGAGGCCAUUAAACACGCCAAAGCUCUGGAGGCAGAGAAGGCCAUGUACUCUGGCCGUCGCUCUCGCAGACAGAGGAGGGAAUUUAGAGAGAAAAGGCUUAAAGGGAGACAGAUCAGCCCACCCAGUUAYGCCAGAAGAGACAGUCCAACAUACGAUCCUUACAAACGGCCAGAGUCAGAAUCCAGCUCUGAGUCCCGGUCCCGGUCCCGUACUCCUGGUCCAGAGAAGAUCACGUUCAUCACCAGCUUCGGAGGCAGCGACGACGAAACUGCAGCGGCGAUGCAAACGGUCCCUCCUCAUUCUGGCCACGCCCCCUCCAGCUUGCAGCACUCUGCAGGUCAUAGCAGGGGCUCCCGGAGACGAAGGUCAUCCUCCAGUCACUCCCCAUCCCCCUCCUCCGGCUCCUCGUCUCGCUCCUCCUCCCGGUCGUCCUCCCGUUCGCGCCGCGCCCGACGAGGACGCGGGAGAAGAGACGGGCGCUGUUCGCGGAGUCGAUCUCGAUCCAGACGGCGUUCCAGAUCUCGCUCGAGAGGCAGAGGAGGAUCCUGGAGGAGACAUGAGCACACGAGGUCCCGGUCCAACGACCGAGCCAGAGACAGGGACAGAGACAGGGACAGAGACAGAGACAGAAGACGAUAUUCAGUCCGCAGACGAACAAGGUCCCGCUCCAGCUCCCGGCAGGGCGGCAGCUCCAGGCAGUGGGGACGGAGCGGUGGGGGCCACCGUUGGAGAGAAAGUGGCAGCCGCAGUCCCUCUCGUUCUCCCAGUCGCCAACAAGACAGUCCCUCUCCUGGUCACAGAGGUUUCCAUCCUGCUGCCAACUCCGUCUCUGACAAGCUGAGAAAGCCUGACACUGCGGGUGGUAAAGAGACGGGAGCUGCCAAACCCAAGUUGACACCUCAGGAGCGGCUGAAGCUACGAAUGCAGAAGGCACUCAACAAGCAGUCCAAGGCGGAUAAGAAAGCUGCUCAGGUGAAGAUCCAGCAGCAGGAACACAAACGACAGGAGCGAGAAGGAGAACUACGAGCCAUGGCACGCAAGAUCCGCAUGAAGGAACGAGAACGCCGUGAGAAAGAGAGGGACGAAUGGGAAAAGCAGUACGGCCGACAGAGCCACUCACCGUCUCCCUCCAAACACAGCCGAGAAUCCAACUCAUACAAAAGAAAGUCGCGAUCUCGGUCUCGGAGUCCAUAUUCAAGAUACUGAAAUAUGAAGUGGAAAAUGGGUCGUGUGUCUUACAGAACCUUUAGUCCGAAAACUUUUCAUAAUUAGUGAAGACGUACUGUCCAGCAGGAGCGUGUGUGUGGAAGUAUAACGUGAUGGAGUGACUGAUUAGUUGAUAAAACACAGAAACUUACAACUCACAUUAUGAAACACUGACUGUGAUCCAUUAAUUACAGAUGAUUUAUUUGACCUGCUUUUCUCAUUUCUGCUURUUGAUAAAACUUGAGUUUUCUUCACCUCUGCAUGUUACCUCCUCCUCCCUUGUUGUGCACCUUCAGAGUGUAAAACUAAAGCAAUACCUGAAGGUUCACCUUUUCUCCUCUUUGUGACACAAUGUUCCCCCACUAUUUACGUUUCUGUAACUGGAAAAUACUCAAAAGGAUGGAUCGCUUGAACAGGGCUCAUGAACUGAUUGUAUAAAUAUAGAAUUAAAAUCGCUGUACAAAUGAGGAUCUAGUCUGCAUUUAAUGAACUGUUUAUUGCUCUUUUUGUACUCUGUCCUCUGCUGGCCAAUAGAGCUGUUGAUUCUCUUAACGUGGAAUGUGAAAUACAGAACAAAUAAAAGUUGUUUUGAAAUAAA